GUGAGGAUCCGUUUCGCGGACGAAUACACACAGGAAAUGGGAAACAUUAGUAAUUUACUUUAUCAUGUGUUAAUAAGAUUUGAGUUGCUGUCAAGAAAUCGGUACACAAAUUAGGAAUUAUGAAGUGAGGCUGAUGAAUAUGGAACUUGAUCAAGCGCAGUGUAGGCACCUACAUGUUGAGUUAAGUUUCAACACUGGGAUAUAGUCCAUCAGUAAUAGGUGCGGCCAUGUUGACCUAUAGCAGAAAACUUUUGGAAUAAUUUUGGCCACAAUAAUUGUUCAGGUAACAUAAUGCCGAAAUGUGAUAGCUGUACGAAGUAUACUCCGGCCACAUUUGCCUGGAUAUUGCUCUUGGGCGCAACUACUCUCUUCUUCUAUUUUCCGUGCCAAAAGUAUUACCUGUUCCAAUUUCCAUGGGUUCCUGCAUACCAAGGAGUUAUUACACUGUUUGUAAUUACCAAUUUCACGCUGGCAACCUUCAUGGAUCCAGGUGUCAUACCAAAAGCUUCCCCAGAAGAGGACAGGGAGGAUGACUUCAGAGCACCUCUAUACAAAAAUGUUGAAAUAAAUGGGAUUACUGUUCGUAUGAAGUGGUGUGUCACCUGUCAGUUUUAUCGUCCACCACGGUGCUCUCACUGUAGUGUGUGCAAUGUUUGUGUUGAGACCUUUGAUCAUCACUGCCCAUGGGUGAACAAUUGCAUUGGAAGAAGAAACUAUCGUUUCUUCUUUAUGUUUCUUAUAUCUCUCAGCAUGCAUAUGACAAGUAUAUUUGCUUUGUGUUUAAUAUAUGUUUUGAAAAACAAGGAGAAGCUAACUGAAGUUCACACUGUUAUAUCCAUAGUUUUGAUGGGAAUUAUAAUUUUGCUUAUUAUUCCCAUAUAUGGGUUAACAGGAUUCCAUAUGGUGCUUGUAGCACGGGGUAGAACUACCAAUGAACAAGUUACAGGAAAAUUUAAAGGUGGCUACAACCCUUUUUCUCGUGGAUGUUAUCGUAACUGCUGCUAUAUUUUAUGUGGACCAUUAUAUCCCAGCCUGCUGAAGACAGACAAAUAUGCAGGGAAGCCGAGACAUUACCCCACUUCUACAUCAGCCAUUUCAACAAUUACAAAUGAGAACCAGGUAAAAACCUACAUGGAUAACAGCAAUGGGGUUAGAAAUGCCAGUUCCAAUGCUUAUAAUAAGUUGUCGCCAGGCCGAGGUGAAGGUUCUGACACAGACAUGGAGCCUACAGCAUCGCAGUCACAGGAUUGUGAACCUACACCACCUCUGCAAAGGCAUGGUUCAAAAAAUAACUUUUUCCUGCCUCCUGUUGACACUGGAGAAUCACCAAGGAAACCAAGCCAUUUGCAGCAACAGGUUCAGCAGCAGCAGCAACAACAACAACAACAUAGAGGGCCCUAUAGUCGUGGAAGUCCUCAUCCAAGACCAAGAGGGAUGGAGGUGUCCCAGUCACGAAGUCAUACACCUGACCCAUUGUCACCAGAGCAGCAACCAUCACAAUCACCUGCUGUUAGACCACAGGGUCCUAGUCCUACAAUGCAGCAGCGAAUUAAAGCGAUUGGUGUACCCACUCCACUGGCAAUGUCAAGUCCAGUCCGCAGGUCCAACCCAGGCACUCCCACACAGCCACGACGACCAGAUUUUAUUGGAGUUGGGGGAAUGGGGACGCCGUCAUCCACAUACUAUGAAUUUCAGCAACAGCCCUCACAAAUCAGUGCUGUCCAUACACAUCACAGCGUACAGCCUCAUCCAGCAUCUAGAGUUGCGCCGCCAACGUCAAGUUAUGGAAGUCCGCAGCGUCGAUUUUUGUCAGAAAGUGAGCUUGUUCGGCAAGGUGGAUCUGGUGGUGAUCUCGCAUAUGCACGCUCAAAUAACACAGCAGAUAACAUACGAGAAUUAGCUGGCUCUCCACAAAGGGGAGUUUAUACGUGGAAGGACACUUCUCCUGGUGCUUAUGGGUCCAAUGGAAAUGGAAUUGGAGCAUCAUCACAUCAUCAUCAGCCGUUGCCUUCUCAGCAUCAAAGGAGUGCUGGGUACGAGUAUUAUCGCUCAAACCCAACAAGUCCUACGCAGCAGCAGCAGCAGCAACAACAGCAGCAGCAGCAUCAGCAACAGCAGCAGCAAAUGUAUAGUCAGCGUCCUCCAGCUUCCUAUUACCCCCCAGUGCGUGGUGGUGUCCCUGUGUACCCUCCUCCACAAUCUCCACAGAUUAAACGAAAGACAAUGGUAACCCCUACCACCCCAACAGCGGCAGUUUCUUCUUGUGAUGGACGACGACCCAGUCCGGGCUCAAGAAGACCCAUGUCAUUUGUGCGAGCGUUAGAGAUGUCCGAUUCAAUAGAGCUGACUUCAGCUUCCCCAGGUACUCCUCGUUCCGAGCAUAGGUUAGUAACUGUUAGCGGCCCAGUGAGUGGGACCUCAUCUUCAGUUCUUCAAGACACUCAUCGAAGUUCAACGCCAACUCCAGACCGUGCUAGUGUUUAUGAUAUGAAUUAUGAAAUUUCUGUAUAGGGAAGGCUUGGCCCAGGUGGUAUACAGGUGUGCGGUUAUCUUAGAAAUCGAACGUUACCACACAACAAACAAGCAACCUACAACUACUUACGAGGGGCCAGGACUUUCCCUUUGUCAAGAAGGGGUUAUAGAUUACCAUAUUGAAACAUCAUUUCAUUUUGAGGUACUAGCUUGUAUCCCUGACAACCAGUAAUCUUGUGAUGCCACUAUCAAGUGAAAGAGGACAAAUUUCUAAUGAAAUGAAAUGAAGAAAAUAAACAUUAAUUUUUUACAAAUUAAUGAUGAUUGCAUUAACGUGUAGUUACUGUAUUGUUAAAGACUUACAGACACAUUUUGUUUUUGUUAAGUGCCAUAAAUUAUAAAUAGUUGAUAUCUUCACACAACAUAACUGAUUGUUGCUACUGCAAUAUUGCAAGUUAUCCUGUUACUCCAUAAUUUAUAUAGAUCUUUACACUAUAUUCCCCAUGUCCCAAAAUUUGUCACACUUAUAUAACUGAAAUAGCCUUCAAACUAUAUUUCUUAUAAUUAUUAUUAUUUUCUUUUUUAAUUUGUGAUUUUGUAUUAUCUGUUAAUAUCAGUAUACUGAAUCUGCAAGUUCACAGAAUAUAAACUUGUGUGCUGAAUUAAAAAAAAAUAACUAUGUUUUGGAGAUGUUUGUGUUGUACUUAAUGUGUCUGAAGACCAAAUCUUAAUUAGCAAUGGCUCAUGAGCUCUUGAGUUACUGUGUCAUAGCACGUCUGUGCAUACUGUGUGUGCUCCUUCCUUUUUUUUUUGUGUUAUGAAGUACAUAAGAUGUGUGUUUUAUAAAAGAUUCCUUAUGUAAAUUUAUUUAUCCUUCAUAUAUUUUUCUUUAUAUCUGUGUAAUUGCCUUCAUUGGAGUCUUUAUAUUCAGGAAAUUAUAAGAUAGAGAAAUCAGCAGCUUCAUACAAUGCUUACAAACUUCAUUAUAAUGCUUUUUUUUAUUUUUAUUUUAUUAUUAUUAUUAUUUUUUAAGUAACCCAACACUAAUUUGUUCUGUCUAUGCUCUGCAUUAACUCAAGGUGCAUUAUCCUAUGCAUAAGAACAGCCUUAGCUUGAAUUCAGCAGUACAAACAAAUAAAUCUUGUUACUAACAGUUAGAAUCAAGGCAAAGUUGACUGGCAAUUUUGUGACAAAUUUUCAAAUGAUCAUAACCAAAUUUGUCUCUCUGAGCUAGUUGGAGUUUGGUGAACUAUCAAGAAAUAAGGCAACAAAAUAACUGAAAGCAAAAAACCAGUGAAGGUACCUUCAGAUACAGCUUAACAGAAAUGUAGUUGAAACACUGAUAAAAUUGUGGACAUUUGCCUCCUGAUAUUCUAAUGAGAAGAAAAUUACGUCUUUUUGAGCAGAUGUUAUUGUGAACAGAAUAUAGGAAGUCUUAAUAAGACAAUAUUACAAAAGAUAUUUUUACUGCCAGUUUUUUUCAUAUUUGUAUGCCUUACAUGCACUAACUGCAUGUGUCUUGGGAUGUCUCUUUUCAUGUAGUUACAGCUAUAUCCAUUUAUUUUUAAUUUUACUUACACUAUACCAAUUUCAAGCAAGAAGUUCCCAACAACUUUAGGGUUGCAUUAUUAAAUCUACAUGCGCUUUGAAUUAUUGACUUUAAAAAGGAAUAAAAAGAAAAAAGCGAGAGAGAAAGCAUUCAUAGGUGUCACAUUCUAUAGGGAACCUAGCAAGAGUGAAAGGUGAUGUAAUGGUGCCUAACUGCCACCUGUUGUAUAACCGAGUGCCAGUCAUUUAAAUGCCUGAUAUCAUAAUACUGUAUUGGGGCGUGUGCUAUUUGUCUUUAGUUGUUUUGCCUUUGUUGGCAAAAUGUUCUUUGCCAAUUUUGAAGGUAUUAUUAUUGCUUUUUUAUUUUUUUAAUGUAAAUUUUUGUGUACAUUUGGCAAUAGAAAUGGAGUUUCUCUGAUGUUCGCACUUGGUUUACAGCAUUUUUAGAACUGUUGUGUGCAUAAUAACCAACUAGUUCUCUUGGUAAAUCAGUAUUUACACCCUAGUUUCAAGUAAUUACUGUGAGAAAGAUAAGUUUGAUGGGCUGUCCAGUGCAACAUAAACACAGUUGUGUUGUCGUUUUCUCAUACUCCCUUUGUAAUUAUGUUUUAAGAUGUGUGUAUAUAUAUUUGUGCAAUAGCAAAAAUGGGGAAAAUUCAGUAACAGGGGUAAUGAGAGUAGUGUUGGGAAAUUACUGAUCUGAGCAACUGUAUCUCAUGAAACAGGUUCACAUUUAUCUGAUACAGCAGCAGAGGAAUGGUAUACUUAUCAGACUGACUGCACAGCAACUGAUAAAAAAAAGGGGGGUCAAUCAAACAUAAACAUUUUUACUGGUAAAAUGCCAGACAAAUCCAGUUGUAAAACACUGUUAAUUUUUAGACAUAAAGAAAAUAUUCAAGACAUGUUAUAUUAUUGCUGUGUGUUAUCUGUACUGCAAGUUAGAAAACAAACAUGUUAAAAACAUUGUACAUGUUGCCCUAAGAUUUUUCUCUGUUUGUGAAUCGAGUGAAACCCCCAAAUCAAAUAAAAUUGAAAAACUGAACUAUUCUUGGAUUCUUGGUUUGUGCUCUCAGAAGAAAUGGAAUGACAGGAGAGAAGUAAUGGGACAUGCUUGAAAAUCAAUCUUAUAUUCGUAGGCAUAAUCUGUAUCAGUAGCAGUCUGAAAAUGAGCUGAGCAGUAGUGCCAUGAUAUUAACUAAAGUAAGUGACUCAUUGAGAGUGCUUAAUAUGUGAAAACCUGUGCACUAACAAGUGAUAUGAGAAUAGCGUAAUGGAGAUAACUGAAAACUGUCAGUCGCAGAUUAGAAACAAAAAUAGAAAGAACGCUGAAAGUGUAAGCAUAAUCUGCAGGAAUAAUAUUUCAAAGAUGGUAAAAAACAUUAUCAAACUGGUAGGGAGAAAACAGCUGUGGCACAUGGCAUGAGAAACUACAUGCAGUAAGUUAAUAAAGUAUGAAGUAAAUAGAUACUGAUUAUAACAGUUGAUGUAGAGUCCAUUACAUGUCUUCGUGUUGAGAUGAUUAUAUCCGCUGCAGGAUAUAAAUGCACGCAAUAAAAACUUGAUAAAUGGGAAGUCAUCUUGCUUCUUUACCAGGUACUAAUAUCCUAAGGCAUUAUUAUUCCAGGAAUUUUUCUUAACCUUCAUAUGAAUUUAUAACACCAUUACUUUGAUUCUCCAUUUUAUUUUUGAUCCCAAAAAACAUUGAUUGGCGUGCGUUGUUAGGAUUUCCUUCUUAUCAUCUCAAUAGCUAUUAAUUUGUCUUUUUCAUUCUACAAUGACAAUCUGAAAGUUACCAGCUAUGCUAUUGUUUUCUUUUGACUGUAGCUGCUUUUAUCUGCAAUCUGAACUUUGACAUCAUCAGUUCAGCUUACAUUUUUUGUAUUGUUGCCUUGAUCUGUGUUCUGUAUAAAUACUGAACUGUUUCCUGUAGUAAGUCGACUUACUUUUAUUGCGCCCAUUGCUAAACACUGUGCAACAAGAUCAAAAUUUUUUUAUGUUAUUUGAUUUUCUCAAGAUCUUAAAUCUGUCAAAUAGCAAAAUAGUUGCAUUGCAAUCAGCUGUAGAAAAAACUUGCAGGUAAAUGGUCUACCCUAUGUGCACAUACAUAAAUUGGUCUCCUGUCACCACAAAAGUAAGGGUUUAUGAUCCGCUUCUGCUUUUUAUUUAGAAACAAUUUUGUGCCCUCUCAUAAUACUGUGGAGGCAAAUUUUUACUGUGUGUUGUAUUCCAUAUAGUGAUUCCUGUCAGAAGAUAGCAAUGGAUUACUGAUAUAACGUGUAGAGAUCAUAUGAAUGAUUGGAGAAGUAACAAUAUUUUACAUCACUUUAUCGGUCUUGGUCAUAAAAAUUUAAUUAUAUGGGAAAAUAUUUUGAUAUGUAUUUGCUGUUAAAUAAACUACAAACAAGUGAUUUAGUCUUGAAUUACAUACAUCAAAGUUUUUUGAUGCUAAUUUGUUGAUGGAAAGGUUUUUGUGUUCAAAUGAAGAGGGUAAGAGUGUAGACUGGACACUGGUUUGAGAUAUUUUCCCCCCACUGAAUAACCCUCUGUUUUCACAAUCUGUUUAAGAUCAUCAUCCUAUGGCAAAUGGUCCUAACUGUUGAGGUUUAACUGAAAAAUAAGGAUUUUUCUAGCAAAACCAUUUUCAGGUAUUUGCUGAUACGUGUUGGGGGAGUGGCGAAAGGUCAUAAAAUAAAACGUACAGUUUCAGACUUCCAUGAAUAUGCAACCCAAGGAUCACAAGAUUUCAGUUUUAAACAGGCUUCAGUGAAGUAAAAAGACAAUGUAUAUACCUGCUGUUGCUUUCUUCAUAUAGCACUAUAAAAUUGCUGCAUUCUUAUGAAUUAAUCCAAAAGGAAACCAAAGAAUGAAAGUUCCAAUCAGCAGCUUAGUGUGUACUGAAAAGAAUUGUUUAACAGUUUAGAAGCAUGUGCAACACAUACAGUAGAACCCACUUGCAGGUAACUCACUGCAUGUGUCAAACAGGAAAUUGUGAGAGUUAUUUGUGAGGUUAAACUAGAUCAACAUAUCUCUGAGAUCACAUUUGUGAAUGAAUCGUGAAACAUCUUACAAACCCACUAUCAGAAGAUCUGAAGAAAUAAAAUAAGUAGGUAUUAACAGCCCAUACAUGUUUGUUUAUUAACAAUAGCAUUGGGUACCAUAAAGAUCUUGCAUCUGUGUUGAAUCAUUAUUCUUGUGUGUUCGUUUUAUGCACCAGAAAUGAAGGUGUUAUUUUUUAUCAAAACUACUGCCUAAUUUUCUUUUACAUAAGUUUAAGUCUCUUGUGCAUUAUUUUAUUGUCUUCUGGAAAAUAGACAAUUGUAAAUGCCUUAUGUAUUUCAAAGAAAGAAAGAAAAGGAGAGAGAGAGAGCGACUUAACAUAUGCACUGACUUUCAAAUAUUUUCCAAUCAAUUUCUUAUCAUUGGGUAUUAUAUCUUAAAUGGUCAGAAAAAAUCCAGGAGAAAUCCCUUAGGUUGUGUACGCCAAAGAUUCAUGCUUCUACAACAAGAAAAAUGUUUCUCCUGCAUAUUUUCAUUUCUAAAAAUUAAAAAAAAAAACAAAAUUUCAGAGUGAGUUGCAAGUGGUUGAGUGUAAGGGAAAUGUGUGUACUGUUAUCAGUAAAAUAACAGUAUUUUCAGAGAUGAGAGAUCAACAUAGCUCUUUGCUGCAGAUACUGUUGCUACGUUUGGACAUUGUACUGGCUUGUACAAUCUUCGAACAUGCAACAAAACGUGACAGCUGCUACACAACACUAGCCUUAUACAAUAGAAUUCAUUUAGUCCAGUGGAACAUAUGGAAACCUGGAGAAGAUGAACACACAAAUAAAAUAAAGUGCAGUGAAUAACAUUUAAUUUGAUGGUUAUUACCCGAGCAAUUGGUGCAGACAAAGUUUCUUAACUAUAGAAUUUACAUUAACUGUGGUGCACAUGUAUUGUGCUUUAACAAUGAGACCAAUCUACAAUGAUUUGGGCAGAACACCUUCAUUACUUAAUUGAAAUCAUUACUUUCUAAGGUACAAAUUAAACUACAUUCAUGCCAUUUAAUGAGCAAGUUCUGGGUUACAAGAACUUGUUGAUGUAAUUAGAUUACAAAAAUACUUGAGUUAAAUGCAUAAUAAUUCUGUGAUCAAAAAUAAGAAUCUUGAUGUUACUGCAGUUUCUUCUUCUUCUUCUUCUUCUUCUUCUUCUUAUUGAAAUGUAAUAACAAAACUAUAUAGGCUAUAAUACCACAUCACAUUGUUUGAAUCUGUCCCCAACAGUGUUGUAGAUUUCAAGAAAGAGGGGGUGGUGGUGUACCCCAGAGAUAUUUAUGUUCCACUUUUAUCAACAUUUACCCUGAACUUGGGUCAAAGAAAAGAAUAUGUUGUUAGUGGUGGUAAAAUGAUGUGAUAGUCCAGAGAUGUAUUGCUUUACAGUGUUUUAAUAAUAUCUGAAUAGGAGGGGUCACUGUGGGUAGAGUUGACUUUUUGAAAUCAUGUGUACAGUGAUGUGGGUUAGUGUCCCAGAUAUCACACACCCUGCAGGCAUUCACCCUGGUAGAUCCUCAUAAUCAAAGAGAGGGGGGGGAGGGGGGGGGGGAGAGAGAAAGUAAUCUAAUGUGAUCCUGUAGUGCCUUCAAAAUAGGAGCUUAAGGUACAGCCCUCAUUUGCAGGUCGUCUUGGGUUCAAACCACCUCAGGUGAUUUGAAUUUUUUAUUUUUUAAUCUUUACCACAAUGAUUUCAACCCUUAUUUUUAAGCAAGUAUUGGUUUUAAUGUAUUUUAAUUUCAAAUCCUUUGUCACAUAAUUUUACUUUGUGACUUGCUGUCAUUUUUUCUUCCAUUUGGAAUCGUGCAUGUGAAUUUAAUUAUUUUCAUAUAUCUAUUAUAAUACUGAAACAUUGGGAAAUGCUGAUCUACUGUCUAAAAACGGAAUACAAAGUAAUUUAUUUAUAAUGAUUGAGCAGUGGUGUAAAAAAUCCAUUAUAAAACAUAAUUUUUUUUAGAUGGUGAUCAUCAUACAAACAUUUAAAAUACAAAUUCUUGUUGCACUAUGAACAAAAUAAGGUGAAGAUUUAAAUGAAAGAAGGGAUUAUAAGUAAAACAAAAUCCAUACAAAAUGAAGAAUAGAAAUAAUGAAUGCAGUAACAUGGCUGGAAAUGUAAUAUAAUAUAAUGAAAGAGAACACAUUAAAUUGAAGUUGAUAUCUAAUAAUUAUUACAAUCGUGUAUACAAAAUUCCAAAUGAAAGAAGAAUGAAAGGCAAAAAAUGAGAACGAAUCAAAAAGUUAAUACAAUGGUUGAAAUGAUGUGCAUAAGGAUUAAAAAUUAAGAAAUUAGAUUUAAACUAAUUAAAUGAAUAAAAAUAAUGGUCAAAAUCAUUGUAUAAUGAAUAAACAACAAAAAAUUAAAAACACCUAAAGACUCUCAAAUGCACAACCAUCUACUUGUGAGGAAUGCUAUAUUGCUUGUCUAUGUAUUGCUACUAUUUUGAAAGCUGUAGAGCGUCAUAUGAAAUUACAGCCCCCCCUCCCCCACCCCACCCCACCCCACUCCACGUUACUUGCAAACGAUGGCCCACCAGGGUGAAUGGCGGCAUGAUACCUGGGAUCCCAACGUGCACAACCAUAUAGAUGACUUCAAAAAGUCGGUCCCACCCAUGGGGGGUCUCUCCUUGCAAAUACUUUGAACUUGCAUCUUGCUUUAUUUUGGACCAGGGAAAUUUUUAGUAGUAGUACACUCACAUCUUGCAUUAAGAUAGUUGCCAAAAUGAUACCAGGAGAAAGAAUCCUUUGCACUGUCACAAACCAAAUAUCACAUUUAUUUAUGCAUGUAUUACAUUUCCCACAGUUGUUUAGAAUCAAGCAUAAAAAUUGUUCUGUUACCUGAUUUGCAAAAUCUGUGCCUGACAAUAUUUUUGGUUAUUAUGAAAAAGACAAAUACUUUAAACAAUAGAGCUGCAUUUGAAAAACUCCAUUUCUGCUGCACUCAAUGAAUUUUAUUUUCACAUUUGUCCUUGAACUGUCAGAAUGUGUAAGAAAAAUAACUUUGUGUUCCAAAACCCAUUAGAUUUGUUAGGGUGCUACAGUUGUAGAGAACUUUUAAAUUAUAAAUUGAAAUUAGUUUGUGCCCCAUUGCUCAGACUUUAUGAACUAUUUGAAAGAGAACAUCACCACGACAUUUGAAAUUGUUGCUGUUACACAAAUGUACACGACAAUGGAAAAUAGUAUUUGUAAUGUGUAUACUAUUUUCUCUUCUUUGGUGACACAUAUUGUAUAAUUUAUUGCAGGCAUUAUUUACAUUGGAAGCAGUGCAAUAUAUCUUAAUGCUAAUCUUCCUUGGAAAUACACUUUAUGGUAACCAGUGCCUCCUAUGUCCAUAAAGUUUCAAAACCUUUGCCUUGGUGUAAAUUUUCUAUUGCCUUCAUUUGAAUAUUGUAUUAAUUUUCCUACAAGACAUGUGACAGGAAAGUUGCAACUUGCCAUUCUAAAAACUUGCUUGCUUUUCUAGUCACAUGAAAACUGUUAAGUAACAAGUGCAUGUUAAAUAUAUCAUCAUUCCCCUUUAAUACUUAUGACAGGAUCACUAUUAAUUUAUGUGUGACUAGACAAAUAGGAAAACUAUUACAUGUGUGUGUGCAUUUUAUGUGGCUGAUACUGGUGACAGCUGAUACACACAAUUUUCAAUAUGCAUUGAAUAGGAUUAUGCAUGGAUUAAAUAUAUGCUAUGCAUAGACUGUGCCAAUGACACAUGAAUCAUUAAAGGUAAUUGUAGGUAAAUUUUUUUAUUGUGUUUUCUGUCUUGUUAAUUUCAUGUAGCAAUGACAGAACUAUGUUUCUCACUUUAAUGUAGCAUUAAAAAGAAUUUAACUGCUUCUGCUGCAGUGGGUUCCUUUGUCAGAGUUUAGCAUCACAGCACUAAAUCAACAAAUGUGCAGCUUGUUCCCAUGUUUCGUAUAUUAUUCAAUAAAUCAUUGUUUUGCGUGUUUCUCUUGGUGUUUGCCCAAAUAGGUGCACGAAGUCAUCAUGCAGUAGUUGUGAUGUAUUUCCGAGAGUAGAAGUUGUCAUGCUUACUGUAUAUUAUGUAGCUGCGUAUGUAAAAGAAGUAUGUUUGCAUUUAUUUUUAUUUUCUCCUUCUCUCACAACUUGCCAGAAUUGUUUUGUUAUUGUGUGUCCCUUUAUGUAAUGUAAAUUAUUAGUUGUUUAUUCCAACAAAAACAGUGUUUUAUACUGUUGUAAUUUAAAAAUAGAAACCUAACUUGCAUUUUGUAUUUAGUGAGGUUUUUUUUUUAUUAAUAAUGAAGAAAUCCCACAGACGGGUUAAAUUUAGAGCAACAAUAUUCUCAUACCUAACUGAAGCCAGUAAAAUGAUUUUCCAUUUAAUUUUUGUUGUUAAGUUUUUCCAUUGUUUUGCUGUUUUAUCACUAAACUGUAAAAUAAUGUACUGCAGAGAGGCUGCUUUGCAUUCUGAAUGUUUAUAGGAGAACAUGUUUUGGGGAGUACUGGUUGUGAUAUUGAUAGAUGUUUCCCAGGAAGAUAAUUGUAAUACCAAGUGUGUGUGUGUGUGUGUGUGUGUGUGUGUGUGUGUGUGUGUGUUACAGUGAGAGACAGUUUCCCAAGAGGCAGCAAGAACACGAGACUAAAUAGACUUUUAUAUAUAUACAAUAAACAGUAUAUAAUAUAUAUACAUAUAUAUUAUUAAAAUACAGUAAUUUAUAUGAAGGUAAUGUAUAAAAGUACCUUUUAACUUUUGUGUUUGUUUCAAUUUGUAAAUGUAAUAUAAAAUGUUUGACAA